AUGUAUGCGGAGUCCACCCUGCCUGCUCCGCGAGUGGCGUAUGAAAAUCUCCUGCAGGCCCUGAUGUACGAACGGAACUCCAUCAAUGACGCCUACGACUCGCUCUUGGGGCUUGUGCGUCAAAACCUUUGCGAGGAUGACACGGCGACCCCUGCCACGUGUGUGUUGCAGGGCCUGACUGGGAUGCUGCGCUUUAUCUUUGAACGGUUGUACCAACACACAAGCGAGACUGCCCUGACAUUUGUGAAGGAGAUCGGCUUGGGAUCCGAGGAAGACGCGUGUCUGGAGGCGGUUGCAGCGCUGCAUGACGCCAUAAAGGCGAAGAUGUUUGCCCCUAACGCGCGAAUGAGCGACGCCAAAGAGCGGAAUAAACACGCUGGGGAGGGCGGGGAGAAGUUGCGGGGCGCCCGUCAGAAGUGUUGUAUCUUUGCGGUUUCUUCUCACUACGAAUGGGGGGCGAAGCAGGAGAUUCUCGAGGCUCUCACCCGCAAGCUCCAUCACACAACCGUGGUGCUGCAGCGGUGUGAGGCAAGCAAGGAGCCGAGUAUGGCGCUGCAGCUUGGAUGCAAUGUUCUUAUCUCACCGUUCAUGCCAACCGCACCUUGCGCCGUUGCUUAUGCAACGAAGGAAAAGGUGCUGCAGUACGCUUGUUCCUGCAUUGAAGACGAGAUUGACGACGAACUGGAUGCGUUGCUUCAUGCACUCGACUACACCGCACGCCCCAGUACUCCACUGACCGAAGCGGCAACGGUGAAAAGCCCAACGAAUGUGGCACCUGUCGUCUCCCGCAAUGUUUUACAAGGUGGCAUAGCUGCUUCUCCACAGAAUGCCACGGGUGCUUUGGGCGUCCAUGAAUCGAUCAA